UACACACCAUCAACUUUAGAUAAACCUCCAAAUAGAUAUCAGAUUACAUUAAAGGAUGCUACACCAUCAACUUUAGAUAAACCUCCAAAUAGAUAUCAGAUAACAUUAAAGGAUGCUACACCAUCAACUUUAGAUAAACCUCCAAAUAGAUAU